CGUAUACCCGUUUCUGUCUUGCACGCGAGCUCGAAUCGGAACAAUCUGAAGAGACGACGAUAUUCGUUGGUGUAACUGUAAUUUUAUUGCACGGGUUCAGUUUCGUCCGUACGGCAAGAAGACAGACAACUUGUACAAGUUAUGUGGCAAAGGUGCGGAUUAUUGUUUUUGAUAAUUUUCGCGUGCUAUGUAUGUGCAAACAGUACGGGUCCAAGCCAUGGAAAAAUUGUUGUUUGCUAUCUUGGAUCGUGGUCGGUCUAUAGACCAGAUCGUGGAUCAUUUACUAUAGAACAUUUGGAUCCGUCCCUGUGUACACAUCUUAUAUAUUCAUUUGCGGGCUUGAAUCCCAAAGAAGACUCCAUUAAAUCUUUAGAUCCAUGGCAAGACUUGCAGGAAAACUACGGCAAAGGUGGAUACCAAAGACUGACCUCAUUAAAAUUAAGAUACCCACAUUUGAAAGUGACCUUAGCUAUCGGAGGUUGGAACGAAGGUUCGAAGAACUAUUCCGACUUGUCAGCCUCUUCUACCAGACGAAGCAGAUUUGUUGCCACUGCUGUUGAUUUUAUAAAGAAAUACAACUUCGACGGUUUGGAUUUGGAUUGGGAAUUUCCGGGCAAACGGGGUGGCGCCGAAGAAGACAAACUAAACUUUUUAUUGUUGGUAAAAGAAUUGAGAGCGGCUUUCAAAAAACACAAUCUCUUGCUGACCGCCGCAUUUGGCGCGGGUAAAGACACAAUCGAUGUCGCUUAUGAUGUAGAAGGAUUAGCCGUUUAUCUAGACUUCAUUCACAUGAUGUGUUACGACUACCACGGCGCUUGGGAUCAAAAAACCGGAGCAAACGCACCACUUCGCAGCACAGAUGUUCUUAACGUGGAAUACACGAUUAAUUAUAUGAUCAAAUUGGGCGCUCCGCCCAAUAAAUUAGUUAUGGGUAUUCCAUUAUAUGGACGUACGUUUAUUUUGCCCGAAAAGACUACUGUUUCGACCAACAGAAAACCAAGACUGGGAGAAGUAGCUAAAUCGAUGGGCUUCCAAGGACCAUAUACUAGAGAAAACGGUUUUAUGGGGUACAACGAGAUAUGCGUAGAACUGAAGAACACAACUGCCGACUGGAAACAAUAUUGGGACAGCGAAACUAGUACUCCAUACGCUGUGUCGGGUACCAAAGUCAUAACCUACGAUAAUGAAAGAUCAAUAGCAGAUAAAGUGAGAUUUGCAAUGGAAAAAGGUCUUGCGGGGGCUAUGGUUUGGUCUAUUGAUACUGACGAUUUCCAAGGCGAUUGUUCUGAUGAUGAACAAUUCGUCAACUUCCCAUUAAUGAGGGGCAUUAAUAAAGCUAUCACUCAGGCUCUGGAAGAUAUCAAGAACUCCAUCAUCAAGGAGAAAGUCGAUGAUAAGGCUGGUACGGCUUCCUCAAUAUCUGCACGCACUGGUCUCGCUGCUGUGAUAGCUAUUUUCCUAUAUUUUUUCUAGGGAAUUGUAUUUAUUAGGGUAGAUUUUAUAAUAUAUCUUUUUUAAAAAGA